UAUACACUUAUUUUAAAAAGGCCGAAAAAGCAAGGGGGAAAGAAAGGCUGAUCUCUCGCUCCAUUUCGUUGUACCAAGAUCUCCGUCGAGAUUUUGCAGGUUUUGUAAGAGCAGAGGAGGAGGCGAGGUCUUGGUCUUAUCCAAUUCUCACGAUGAGUUAUUACAAUCAACCACCGCCUCCAUCCGCAUAUCCGCCAGGACCAUAUCCGCCAGGACCAUAUCCGAAGGAUGCUUAUCCACCGCCUGCUGCAUAUCCACCACCGGGUUACGCUCAGCAAUAUCCCCCGCUGCCGGCCUAUGCCCCGCCACCUCCGGUCAUCCAGCCUCCACCGCCCCCCCACCAAGACCAAAAAAAUGUCGGUUUCUUGGAAGGCUGUUUGGCUGCUCUUUGUUGCUGCUGUCUCUUGGACGCUUGCUUCUGAUCUCUCCUCCAACAUCUCGUGGAACGGGUUCCUGCUACCUAUCCUGUCUAUGUUUGAGUUUGUUAAAUAAAUUCGGGUUUCUUUUCUAUAAAGGAAACUCCCCAUGUUGUCGAGUUGAUAACUUUAUGAAUGUCCUUUCAUUUGUCAUACUAAAUCAUGGGAGGUGUUCUAUUCAAUUCAGCAGCAUAAUAAUGUUAUUUGCUGCAUUAUCUGUAAUGAAUGAAGCUAAAAGAUUUCCUGUCUUCUUGCAACUUC